AAACUUCUCAGAUUCAGAGAUCUAGAAAAUUACAUUACACAACGACAAAGAAAAAACAAAACUAUAAUAUUGGUUGUCAUUUUCAUGAAACAACUUCAUCUUCAUGUCAUGUUUUUGACAACAUGCGUGAAUGCGUUUAUUGUCGCGCUGCACUUUUUCCUACUGAAACUCAAGGAGCGUCUGACACCGCGGCCUUGAUAGAAUUAUUCGUUAGGCAUGAUAAUGUGAGUAAAGAUUUUCAUAAGAAUAUUAGAGCUUACAACAACGCUUUCGCGUUCACUUCCAUGGGUAUCAAGUUAGAUAAACAUCUUGCAAAUAUGCAAGGUGGAAUCUACCAUUCAAUAAGAUUACUUAUUCCAGUUGAUGAUAUUCCAAAAUUCCUCCAACUAUACAUUUAUGAUACCGAAUUCGAAACAACCAACAGACUUAUUAUCAUGCCCCGACUUUGUCAAGAUACAUUAGAAUUUAUUAAAACAUUACUAAACCAGUUGAAUCCUUUUAUAGCGAAUUUUUACUUGAUUUCUUCUUGCAGUAAUAUAACCAACCUUAGUCUUUAUAUUAAAGCCGAUUACGGCUUAGACCAACGUAUUUACAAUAUGCCAACAGCUUCGCAAGUCGCAGCUAUAUGGAUAGAGAGUAAUAAUCCUACAAAUAAUACAAAACGUGAAAUGAUUGGAAGAAUAUACGCAGUUAACCCGAUCGAAGAAGAAUGCUAUUAUUUACGUAUACUUCUAAACAACAUUAAAGGUGCUAUGUCAUUUGCUGACUUAAAAUUAGUAAAUGGCUAUUUGUGUUCAACUUUUAAAGAAAGUGCAAUGAGACGAAAUCUAAUUGAAAAAGAAACAAUAUACAAUGAAACCAUGCGGGAAGCCACUCAAUUUCAAAUGCCCUUUUCAUUAUGA